AUGAAUUAUGUUCGUCAUCAUUCUGACAAUAAGACCAAAAAGGAAGACAAAGAAAAAGGGGGAAGUAAUUCAGCCAUCAAUCAACAACAUUCUCCAUUACAUAAACGAUUUAUUAAUUCUGCCUGCACAAGAACAGUUACCAGAGAACGUUUGCCUCCCUCGCCUGUUUUGUAUGUCGAAGGACUUGAAUAUUAUGGAGAUUGGACCAACAAUAUUUUGGCUCGCACUGACGUAUGUCAAUUAAUAACAAUAUUUACUUUCUGUGGAGUAGUUAAAGACAUUUAUAUUGGUUAUUGCAGACAAGAUAAUAUUGUUGAAAAAUGUUAUGGAUCUUGUAAGCAUAUGGCUUUAGUUCAGAUGGAAACUGUUGAUCAGGCUACUCGGGCAAUUAAUGAAUUUGAUCAUACUUGGCAAAUGGGACGUUUUCUCAAUGUUACUUAUUCUCACCAUCAAUGUAUUGAACAUGAUCGAAAUAAUCGUCGUGAUCGUUACUCACACAAACGUUUUGUUCACAGUUAA